GCGCACUGCGCCACGUGCUUUCUCUGUCCGCCAAUGGGCGGAAGCGCCGCGUGAGCUUGCUCCCGCCUCUCCGACGCGCCCGCGCCAAUUGGAAGCUGCAGAGUGUGUGUGUUUGUGUGUGUGUGUGUGUGUGUGUAUGUGUGUGUCUGUGUGUGUGUGUUUGUGUGUGUGUGUGAGUGUGUGUGCGUGUGUGUGAGUGUAUGUGUGUGCGCGCGCGUGUGUGUGUAUAUGAGUGAAUGUGUGCACGUGUGUGUGUGUGCGUGUGUGUGUGAGUGUGCGCCCGCGAGGGCGAGUGGGAAGGGGGACCCAGCUCAGGACAGGGAGGCCCUUCUUGCAGGUCUCGGGGUCCAGGUGGCGACACGAGAGCUCGGUCAGCCGGCAGCGGGCGGGUGGUUCCCCGGCCCCUCCCCCGCGCGUGCGCGCCCGGGUCCGCCCUCCCCGCAGCUUCGGCUCCCGCGCGGCGGCGGCGGCGGUUCCUUCCCCCUCCCCCAGCCCUGGCUCCGGGGGACCCCGCGAUGCCGGUCCGCACCGAGUGUCCCCCGCCGGCGGGUGCGUCAGCCACAUCCGCGGCCUCACUCAUCCCGCCGCCGCCCAUCAACACCCAGCAGCCCGGCGUGGCCACCAGCUUGCUCUACAGCGGCUCCAAGUUCCGUGGCCACCAGAAGAGCAAGGGGAACUCGUACGACGUAGAGGUGGUGCUGCAGCACGUGGACACUGGGAACUCUUACCUUUGUGGGUACCUGAAGAUUAAAGGCCUUACAGAGGAAUAUCCGACCCUUACAACCUUCUUUGAAGGAGAAAUAAUAAGCAAAAAACACCCUUUCUUAACUCGGAAGUGGGACGCAGAUGAAGACGUGGAUCGGAAACACUGGGGCAAGUUUCUGGCUUUUUAUCAGUAUGCAAAAUCAUUUAAUUCAGAUGACUUCGAUUAUGAAGAACUGAAAAAUGGGGAUUAUGUCUUCAUGAGGUGGAAGGAGCAGUUCCUGGUCCCGGACCACACAAUCAAAGACAUCAGCGGUGCCUCCUUUGCUGGCUUCUAUUACAUCUGCUUUCAGAAGUCAGCAGCCUCCAUAGAGGGCUACUACUACCAUCGGAGUUCAGAAUGGUAUCAGUCCCUCAACCUGACCCAUGUUCCUGAACACAGUGCACCCAUCUAUGAGUUCCGGUGACAGUGGUUCAGAACAGUGGCCAAAUAAAACUGAACUUGGCAACAAAGAGCUUUGCUGAGGAAAUUAUGUACCUGCCAGAACCAGGAGAGGUGUGUUCCUGUUUCUUCACGAGCAGACUUCUUCAGAAAGCAUGAAUGUUAACCUACAGGAUCCAAGGAGCAUGGCCAACCUGCAGGCAGGCAGAGGGAGCUGCCCACCUCCCCGCUCCUUCCUCUCAGUGGCGUUGUGGUCACCAUCUGUUUCUGAACAACCUUAAAUGCACUUUCCUUCCUGCACAGCUAACUUCUGCAUCACUGAAAUGCCAUCUUUCCUCGGUCUGCCUCUAGCCACGUGGAAGGUCAGCUCCUGGGUCACCUUAGCCUUGGUGCUCAGUGGUCUCCACCCAGGCCCUACUCCUUCCCCAGUUGCUUGUUUGGUAGCCCAAGGAAAGGCAGAGCCCAGCAUCUUGUGCCCCAGAGCUCUAUGUGAGGAGUUGUCUGGGCCCAGCAUCUACCACCAAUGAGAUGAGAUGGGGACCCUGGUAGGCCUCAUCAACCUUUGACUCCAGUUGAUGUUUUGUGGGGCCCUGUGUGUUAACAAUGCAAGACUAGUACAUGGCUGUCGGAUUUUCUGGGCCUGCUGUUGGGGAUCACUAAAUUUAAGGCUUCCAGAUCCCUGGUAGGAGUAGAUCCCAAACUGCUUUCUCAGUACAUUUGCUCCAAACUUCUGAACUUGAGGGCAAUACUAAAAUAAAAGAGUUUUUUAUUACAAAAUUAUUAUUUUUAUGGUACCUUUAACAAGGACCCUAUGGCAAAUGCACAAUUAUUCCGAAUUACAUUUAUCGUUUUCACAUUGAAAACAGCAAAUGUUGACUUAGUGACUUUUAUAUCUAUGUCUAUAUGUAUAUUUAAUCAACCAGCAGUUUUAAAACAAGUCAUCCUGAUACAAAAGUUUUGCAGCAUUGCUUAAAUGACAGUGCUAAACACAAGAACUGUUUCCAGGCCAGCUGAGCGUUUGCGCCUCCUCCUUUUGCUACUCAAAACAUCAGCGUGUCAUGACAACCUUUUCCAAAGGCAGAGGGGGCCAUUCUCCGGAAAGGAUGGCCGAAAUGUUGGCAUGGCGUGGGCAGGAAGAAAUGCGCUCAAAUAACUUGAGGCUCAUGUGCCAAAGUAUGAGGGAUGGGAGUGGUUCGGUUUGGUUUGGUUUGGUUUGGUUUGGUUUUUCUAAAUGUUUAAGAAGCUUAAUAGAUUGGCAUCAGUUGUAGUCCACAAUAUGGUCAGGACUUUGGGGAAGUCUGGUGGUUUACAGGUCCAAACACAAGGAAAAAAGCUUUAAAAUAAAUACAGCAUGGGGGCUGGGAGUGCAGCUGAUGGAGCACUAGCUUGUCAUAUAUGAGGAAAGCCCUUGCUUCCAUUUCCAGUGCUGCAAAAAAGGAACACCAAGGGGUAGCAGUUGGCUGUUCUUGUCAUGUGCUGUCUGAUACUAAUACUGAAUAUCUGGGGAGCCUUAGGAGGGCAGAAGUGAGGAAAGGAACCCACAGGCACUUGAGGUACCCAUAGUUCUAAAACUUACCCACUCAGUAAAGCUGGGGCUCAGAAACCAUAAAAUAAAUCAUCCCAAGACUUAGGUAGAAGAAAAUGAUUCACAUCCAUUGGUAGGGCUGAGUCAGUGGUUCCUUACCCUUGAAAAGCAACCUGGGUAUGGCAGUGCACCUUUAGUCCCAGCUACUCAGAAGCCUGAGCCCAGGAGUGAGGGUCAGUCUGAGGUGAACCUAAACUUCAUCUGACACCACAAUUCAACUGAAUAUGAGAUGUCCAACUCUGAUCAGAAACACCUGGUUUACACCACGGGACACCAUCGCUUCAGUUAAGCUGAGGGACAACACUGAAGAGUGAAGAAGGUACUGACUGCUGGCUUUUCCCUGCAGCACCCUUAGCUCCUCUGGCUGUCCUUUCCACCAUGCCGUUCAACUCUUGUAUGCCCUGCAGGUAUCAUUCAGCAGUAGAUGGAGUCACCCUCAAGCUGGGGCUUGUGUAUAGCUCAAGUACCACAUCAGUGAACAGCUUCUCCUGUAAACUGGGCAGGCCAGGUUAUAGCAUAGGGAUUUCCCCCCCACACUCCCUUUCUUUUCCUUUGAUCUCUUUGUCAUCAGGGUCUCACUUUGUAACUCUAGCUGGCCUGGAGCUCACUUUGUAGAUCAGGCUGACACUGAACCCACACACUGAACCCACUGAGAUCCACUUGACAACACAGAGAGUGCUAGGAUUAAAGGUGUGAGCCACCACACCCUGCUUUUUUUUUUUUCUUUUCCUCUCAUAGCUAGGGAAGUGUUCCUAAGUUUCUAAUUUUCUACUUAGAAAGAUGAGAGAAGGAUGCCUUUGGCAGACUUCAGACCCACCUGAAGACUUGCUGCUCAGAAGUCUGCCCCUGAGCACUGGGCAGGAAUAAACAUGUUCUUAGUAACUCCUACCUGGUGGACAGUGAUGACUUUUCCUUUUCUGUCCCUGGAGGACCUCUGGGGGCUUGUCUCCAUUGGUAGCUCUUUUCUCCAGCGGUCUCGGUGGCUUACAUGCCUCUGGGGGCUUGUCUCCAUUGGUAGCUCUUUCUCCAGCUGUCUCGGUGGCUUACAUGCCUCUGGUACUGUGUGCAAUAUCUUUGACUGGCACUUGUAUCUAACAGUGAAGAAUAAGUGCAGACUGCAAAUUUUCUUACUGUUCUCUACUCCAACAAGCCAGCCCCCAGGCAGGGACUAGAGGUCUGGCUGGUCUUCUCUUAACUCUCCACUCUAAAGGCUCCACUGCUGUGGCCAGCUGUGGCCCUCUCGUUCCCUGCUUUACCAGUCUACCCACCUCUCUCCUUUAAGAUUGUCUAGCAUUUCAGCUGCAGUCCAAAAGUAAGUAGACAAUGCCUAAUAUUAAGUAGACAGUCAGUUGGUAUACUGGCCCUGUUAGCAGUGUUGGAGUCAGGCUCCAGUGGAACAAAGGGGUUUCUCAACAUCUUUUGCUUUCAGAAGCAGGGAAUGUAUAUUCCCUUUAAGGCCUUGAAUGGAUUUUUUUUCCUCAUAAAAUAGUCACUGAUAAGCUAAUUUUUAAAAAGAAAUGCCAUUAAGUAUGUUACAUUGUGGUUUAAAAUUACUAACAAGUUCUGAGAAAGAAAAAUACUUGAUUUUGAAUCUUAAAUGUUUUUUAAAAAUUAGAUUUGAAUGGGCGCAAAAUAUGAAUAUUUUGUUUCUUUAUGGAAGACCUGUGGAAAGGGUUUGAAGAUUUGCAAUAGGAGAAGUAUUUUGCAGAGCUAUCAAUGUCUAAAUAAUUUUUGAAAAAAAACAAUAAAGGUAUUUAAGCAGU